GCCGCUUUUCCCCCGGAGCGACCGGCACACCUACCGCGAAGGGGUUUUGCUGUUAGACCAAGCGGAGGCGUCCGAACCGCUCCCCCUCUCAACCUAUACGACACGGGUGUCCAGAUCUUCUGGCCUGCGUGCUGAUCUUCGGAAAGACGAGCACGACGGCAAAAGGGUUGGUCUGUUGGUGAGCCGGCGAUGGCCGGUGAUGCAAAGAAGGGUCUUUGGUGUCGGCUGGGGGAGGUGAGGGAGGUGUUCCACAGUGUGAAGGAGCGGCUGGUGGAUAGGAUCAACGAAGGCUUUUAUCGGUACACCUUGUUCGUGUACGACUUCCCAUGCUGGGUAAGGAGGCGAAGGAAAGGAAAGGAACAAAGGAACGAGGAAAGGAAGGUCCAAGAGGCUGCUUCAUGGGUCCCUUUCACAUGUGCCCUUGGGUCCCUUUCACAUGUGCCCUUCUGUCUGUCUGUCUGUCUGUCUGUCUGUCUGUGUCAGUUCAUCUGGGUGCCUGUGUUGAUGGCUUUGUUGAUGGGGGUUGGCAUUCUCAACCGGACAGAGGAGUACGCGCCGAUGAAGCUGUACGCUCUCCCUGACUCGCAGGCCAUGAAGGUCCGUCCACCAAACAGACACACACAGAUGGAUGAAGAUCUCUUUCUCUCUCCCCUUUGCUGCUGUCCUUUUCUCUGCUCAAUUCAGGACCAGGCCAGGCUGACCGAGCUGUUCGGCACCAUGCCGAGGGUGACCUACCUGCUUGUGGAGGGCAUUGACGGCCAGAACCUGCUGCAGCCACACAUACUGCGGGCCCUCAACCAUUUGGACCGGCAGGUGGCCAACCUGACUGUCACUGUGGACGGGGAGACGUAUGGCUAUGAGGACCCACGAUAUGAGUCCGUGUGUGUCAAGGACGGCACGGGGCGGUGUGAGCAUGAGAGCGUCGUGCAGCUCUACCCACCCAAGAACGAGUCGAAGACCUACUACGGCAGGAAGUGAGUGAAGAGGGAAACAGAGGGAGGGAGGGAGGGAGGGAGGGGCGCGGACAGGGCACCACACGCACACACUGUGCUGGUUGUUUAUUUGUGUUUGUGUGCGUUUAGCUAUGAGGUCGACUUCAACAUGAGCCUCUACUACCCGUACCACUUCCAGACGCGGCUUGACAGCAACUGGUCCCGCAACGACAGCUCUAUCAUCCGUUGGCCCGUCCCCCUUCUCGCCGCCAACGUGACACUCGAACCGGAAGGAUGCAGCGUUGCCACUGAGACGACAAUCGGAGGAUGCAAGGUCAAAGCCGCUGAAGGUGAGCGCGGCACCACCCAUACGCAUGCGCAUUCGCAUCACUCACUGUUCCUCUCUCUACCCCUUGGCGUGUGUGCAGCCCUGCUGUUCCGGUGGCUGCUGCGUCGUGAGGGUUCGGAUGACUUUUGGGAUCCGGUGUUGCUGGCGUGGGAGCAGGCGUGGCUCGAUUUGAUGUGGGAGCAGAUGCCGGUUUUCGAGGAGAUCGGCGUGAGGCUGGUGCGCAACGCCCGGCGGUCGAUCGACGACGAGCUCGAGGAGAGCACGCGGCUGGGGCUGCUCGACUAUGCGCGAAUUGCCAUCGGCGGCAUCAUCAUCUUGUCAUACUGCGCCAUCGUCAACUUCUCCACCACACCGCACCGAUCCAAGUAUGCUUGUACGUAUGCCGCGGGAUGGAUGCGUCCACGAGUGUCUCCCUCUCUGUCUGAGUGUUGCAGGUCCCUGCCGGCGUUGUUUGGGUGUUUUGCGGCGCUGUGGGCCGUGAUGUUCUCUGCGGGUCUGUAUCACAGCCUGGGGUUCGUGCACGUGCCGACGAUCGCGGCGACCCCUUUCCUGGUCAUGGGCAUCGGCGUCGACGACAUGUUCGUGAUACUCAACAGCUACGCACUGGCCGUCAAGGUGACCGACCCUAGAGAGCGGGUGGCCGUCGCCAUCAAAGACUGCGGUAGGUUCUUGGAUAAUUUGGUGUCGGACGGAAAGCGUGUUGGUGCAAUUGUCUCUGUCUCUCGGCGUGUGUGUGUAUGUGUGUGCAUGGGUGGUGCAUUCAGGCAUGACGAUAACGAUCACCACUCUGACCAAUCUGAUUGCGAUUGGUGUGGGUGCGUCCAGCGACCUCCUCUCCAUCCGCAACUUCUGCAUCAUCACCUUCUUGGCACUGCUCAUGGUCAGCCAGCCUGCCCCACAAUAAACACACAUAUACCCAUGCCCCACAAUAAACACACAUAUACCCAUCAUGGAUGUCUCGGUCUUCCUUGAUUCCCUUUCAGGGCUACUUCUACGCCCUCACCUUCUUUCUCGCCAGUGUGUGUCUGGACGCCAAGCGUGAGGCGGCCGGCAAGGGUCCUUACCUUGAGACAUGGUGCAACACCUGCAGAAAGAGGAGGCGAUCAUCCGCACCAACACCAGCACAAAAAUUAGCACAACCGCCACCGCCACCAGCUGCUGAAGAACACCACGAUCCAGAGCAGCCACAGCCGGACAGUACCACCGAGCCAGAGCAAGAGCAGGAGCACCAUUCGGUGAGCAUCUCAGCCUCCCACCCCUCCACCCCCAGCCGCACCUCCCCCACUCCCGCCCCCCUCGACACCUUUGAGCUCGCGGCUCUUCAGCUCAAGGCGCAGGAGCUCACUAUCAGGCAGAGAAAGGCCAGCACCACAAGCACCACAAGCAGCUCGCGACAACACGGGUGCAGCAAUGGCGGUUUCUUCGGCGUGCAUCUGGGUUACGAUGAUGGGUGGGACGAGGCGCAGGACGGCCCCAUGGCCGACGUGGUGGAGCCUGUGGGCACUGUUGGGCGGAAGGUGCGGUGGGCGUUCAGGCGUCUCUGGGGCAGAUGGGUCACCAUCCCUGCUGUCAAGGUAUACACACGUAGACACACACAGACACACCAAGGCGGAGGGGAAGAUCAUCUACCGUCCGUCGCUACAUGUGCCUAUGCAGGUGGUGACUCUGCUGUUGUUUGCCGGCUACAUUGCCGUGUCUGUGUGGGGCGUGACGCGCAUGACGACUGGUUUGGAUCUCUUGUGGCUGACGCCUGAGGACUCGUACUUCAGGGUGUUCUGGAGUCGGUACUUCACCAGCUUCACCUCCUACGGCGAGGACGUCGUUGUAGUCUUCCCAAACCGGCAGGAGUGGUGGAAGAAAGACGUCCGGGUGAGUGGCUGGCGCACACGGAUCAAUCAAUGGACGGCUAUAAUGCAUUCAUGUGCUGCGCUGUAUGUGUCCACAGGAGGAGUACAUGGCGUAUGAGGAUCGGCUACGGAGCAGCAGCUACGCGUCGGACCAGGUCUUCUCGGGUAUGUAUGAGUUCUACAACCGCACCAAGGCCGCCCAUGAUGGAGAUAUGGACCCACAGGCAUUCAACGACACGUAAGCUGCCUGGACUGCAGAGAGGGAGAUACACAGACCUCCACACCCAAACGUACACACAUGCCUCUAUGUGUUCCUUUGCUCACAAACAGCCUGAGCGACUUCCUGAACAUGCCGGUGACCAAGAUCCUCAAAAGCGACUUCAAAUUCGACGAUGGUGAGAUGCACCCCCACACACGGCGCUCGAGCACGGCCUUUCACGCCCACAUUUCUGUAUGUGUGUGUGUGUGCGUGUGUGCGUGUGUGUGUCAUUCCAGAGGGUCUGCGUGCCUACAGGUUGCGUUUUUUCGCGAGUCCUGACGUGUCGGGUGCCAAGCUGAUGACGCGCAGCCGUGAAGACUGCCACAUCGCAGCCGAGGGGCCUGGAGGGCUUGAGUGCUUCCCCUAUGGCGAGUACUUCCCUUAUUACGAGCAGGACCUGUCAAUCGUGCAGUCGACCCUCCUCAACAUGGGAUAUGCGCUUAUCGCUGUGCUCCUGGUGAGUGGGGGCACCAUAUGACGCAUACAAGGGGAGAUGGCGAGGUGUGUGUGGAUGUGUCCAUGUGUGUGUGUGUGUGUGUAUGUUUAGGUGUCGAUGUUCCUGAUGCGGGAUUGGCAGUGUUGGGUGUUGGCGUUGGUGAUGCUGGUGACCAUCGACGUGGGCCUGUUUGGGUUCUUGGACUUCUGGGACCUGAAGCUCAAUGGGAUGUCAAUGGUCUGCAUCGUCAUGGGUGUCGGGUUCUCCGUCGACUACACGGUGAGUGGGGCAAAGAGCUUAUCUCACACACGUCAUUCUUGUCACACUGCUCACUCUCUCUCUCUCUCUCUCUGUGUGUGUGUGUGUGUGUGCUGGUUUGCUCAGACCCACAUGUGCCACACCUUCUCCCACUGUGUCGGGCCCACCCGCAACCACAGGUAUGCAACGGCCACGUAUGAGAGGAGGGGAAUGGAUUAUGCAUUUUGGCUGGCGAUGUGUGGUAUAGGGUUGCUGAGACGCUGAUCCUGAUGGGCAAUCCGGUGCUGCAGGGAAUGCUCUCGACGUUCCUGGCCAUGCUGGUCUUGCUCACCAUGGGAAGCUUCAUAUCCGAUGUCUUUUUCAGAAUGAUGACUCUUGUAGGCACAAACCACUCACCCACCCACCCACACACAGACAGACAGACAGACAGACACACAAUGCUCCGUUUCUCUCUCCCUCCCUGCCUGCCCUCAAUCAACCAUCAGGUCUUGUGGAUCGGCUUCGGCCACGGGAUUAUCAUGCUGCCUGUUGUCCUGUCCCUCAUCGGCCCAGAGAAGGACACCCACACCCACACCGCCCCUGAGCCAACCAAGACAAUCUCGAUGUGUGCGAGUGACAACAACAAUCGCGAGGGCGAGCAGAUGUGGGGCAGCUGAUCUUGGGCAGCAGAUUGUGGGGUGGGCGGCGUGACGACCGAGAUCCCGGGCGGCCUCCGACUCUGGGGAUGUUCGUUCGGGUGAAGCGACCCAGGGCCUUUUGACCGACGGUAACAACAUUCCCCUGCGGACCAAUAAUGAUCUGAUCUACUUCUGCGCCAGAGAGCACAACUUCUGCGCCCAGAGUCUGGCGGGCAGACUCUGGGGAUGAUGCCGGCGAACAGGAUCAUCGACGCGGACAGCGAUAUAAGCAUGAGGAGCUGCCCCUCGACAGAGAGACGCCUUCGGACGAUUGGCGAUGGAGACAUAAAGUUCAAAGACACUCACGCCAGCGCCAAGGCUGAGGAUUGAUUGACCAAGUCCGCGAGGGAGGAACGUGUCGACGCUGUGCAGUGCGGUGCGGUGCGGGGGGUACAAUGUCACCUGUGAAUGUACGUGUAUCGUCUUCGUGUUGUCGUCUGUGCUAUUCAAGUCAGAGUCUGUGUGUGUGUGUGUGUGUAUGUGUAUGUGUAUUAUGUGUAUGUGUAUUAUGUGUACGUGUAUUAUGUGUACGUGCACGUGUACGUGUAUGUGUGUGUGUGUGUGUGUUGGGUGCCGUCGGUGCCUAUCUGUCCGCCAUUCGUUCACAUCUAGGUGGGGGGAUGGGGGGUUCGCUCGUCCAUCGAGCUGUGAUGUGGUUCGUGUGCGGCGGCUACCCUGCCUGGCUGAAUGAACGGUGGUACGUGGAGUGUGCGUGUGUGCGUGAGUGAGUGCAUGUGUCCCAUCCCAAGUAUGUGGGCCGGGGAGGGACAGGGCGGGGCAGUCAGAGACACGGCAGGGACGGAGGGACACGAACCGCCACAGAAAUGAUUACGGGUGCCUGUCGGACUGCCUGUCCUUGCUGGCUGGGCUGUCGCAUUUAUUUGUGUGCGUGUGUGAUACGUAAAGAGCUCACAUUUGUGUCUGUGUCUUACGUCUGGAGGCGGGGCUGGGCGGUCGUCAUACGUCAGUCAUUAUCGUUGCAUUUGGAUGGGUGCUCAGUGGCUCGUCCACCGAGCCCUCAUUUGACCUGUCCUUGCUGAAUUGCGGCCAAUAAACAAAGCGCCCUGUGUUGUCAUGUUUCUGUUCAUUCGUUGUUUGUUGGUUUUAUGGCGUAUAAACCUGCUGACAGUGUGCUGGCCAAUUCAUCGUUGAUUGAUCAAUUGUCAGUGUC